GUGUUAAGUGGACCGUAGCCUAAAUAUAAAUAUCUAUCAGCAAUUUCAAAACUUUGCGAUAUAACCGCUCCACAAACGCCAUCGCUUCCGAUGCGCUCGAUCGCCUCGAUCAUGCGGAUACGGAAGUGGCUGCGUGCAGCGAUUUUUACGAAUUUCUCGCGUGCCCGUCGAAUUCGACCGGGGGUGACUUCGUAGAUUCUCGACGAUGACGUACAAACGCAAGAAGUAUCACAGAGGCGAUACGCAUCUGAAAAAAGGUUGGCGAACGAAACGGAGAACGAAGGACCUGGACGAGAUCGACGAGGAUCUGAAGGAAGAAAACGUGAAGAAGCUGCUGAACCAGGAGGUGGAUUUUGACAAGCCGGGAGCGGCGCAGCAUUACUGCGUGCAUUGCGCGAGGUAUUUUAUAACCAACGCCGCUUUGCAUACUCACUUCAAUACCAAGGCGCACAAACGGCGAAUGAAAGCGCUUGAAUUGGAGCCAUAUAGUAUCGAAGACUCGGAAAGAGCGGCGGGCAAAGGAAGUUACGUUACGCCACAGAAGCGGAAGAUCGACACCGUGACCCGGGAAGACCUUGAUAAAAAGGACAUGGAUGCUGAGCCAAAUGCUAAAGUGAUGAAAAUAAACGAAUAGAGGUAUCUCAUAA